UCCAGUACAAAGGCAGGCAGGGACGGCCAUGCCUGCAUACUAACACGGUUGAGUGUACACACGGCUCUGUCUCUCUCACACACUGUCACAAGAUUGUCAAACACACCGUCACAGUCUGACUGAAACUCACACCCGAGCUGCUAAUGCUACCGGCAGAACAGAAGACGCAGAUAAAGGCCCAGUACAAUAUCCCAGCAUAGAGAGAGGGGCUCUUCACAAUAGCAACCUUCAGACAACAGAGGGGCCAUUCUUUUACCAUCCUACAUAGACAUAGAACCACAACCUCCACACAGGAAGGAGUUCAGCACUUGGAUUCUACCGAACCCACCAGAGGCAAGGCUCGAAUUCCAGACUGUACCAGAACCACUAGAAGCAGGGGGAGUUCAAAGCCCUGGUUGAAUCGAUCUGAGUUAGCAGCAGAACUUGGUACCAACCAAAGUACCCAGGAACAGUAUCGGUAUGCUGGCCCAGAUCCUGAAGGACAUGUGGGUGGACCCGGAUGUGCUGGAGGCUCUGUGCGAGGAGCAGAGGAGAACCCUGUUCCUCAAGAUGAGGGAGGAACAGGUGCGCCGCUGGAGAGAGAGGGAGGAGACGGACGAGAGGGGAGCUGGCGACAAGGACCCCGCCAGGCCUGACAAAGAUCCCAACAAGAGGGUGAGAUGGCUCCCAGGACGGGAUGGCGAUGUGUGUGUGCAUGUGAUUGGAGAGGAGGACGACUUCAGAUCCUCUAAUCUCCUAAAGACCCUCCGAAACAAUAGAAUCCAGAGUAAAGAUGGGAUUCAAACUGAGAUCCAGUCAAUGUCACUGCUGACAAACAAAGAAAUCCACCGGCCAGCGAUACCGCUGCAUCUCACCGAUGACUCAUUGAUCCGUCGCCAUGGCGGCACCUCCAGGGACUCUGAGGAGGAUCAGGAUUCAGGCAGUGCCGAGGACGACCCUAGGGAGGACAGCAGCGACAGUGACGCGGGCGUCAACGCUGAGGACCCCAAGCACUGGGGUCUCCUCUACAGGACCCACCGCAGGGGCAGUGGCCCUCCGCCACUCAGCUGUCAGCUGUCAGUCACAGAUCAGGCCCCCCCACAGGACAGAGUAUUGGCACGUGGCGAGGGGCAGGAGAGCUCGGGUUACGGAGGCCGCGUGGCUCAGCUCAGGAGGGCGUUCGCCGGAUCCUCCAAAAACAGUCUGCCCGUCAGCGCCAAACCGCCUGUGCCCCUGAAACCACAGCACCUGCUAGUGAAAACCAACUCCCUCCGAUAGCUUAACACCAAGACUGGUCACAAUGGGAAAUGACUUGAUUUCAAUACUGCAUAAUGGUACAUGCUUGCCUGAUGAGACUCAAAAUGAGACACACCUGAUAUGACUUGCCUUAUGAAGGAACCUGACAGACAAUGAAUGUGUGCUUACUGUGUUCAACUGAGGUUGAGAAAGCUUGUGCCUAACCAGAUUAAAUGUGUUUGGUGUCACUUUUUGUAGCUUACUUUUCCAUCUGAGAGUCUUAUUCGAGAAGGCUAGCUUGGUCAUGUGAAGACUAGUUUGGCUGUGUGAUGUUGAAGACUGGGGCAAAAAGGAACUAAUCUUCCUGAACUUUCCUCUUGACUCCUGAGCAUGAAUUAAUGUCCCUGCCUCCCGCUAAGAGACGUCCUUUCCAAAGUACAUGAUGUUUCAAUCUGCAGUCCUACUGUGGGAAAUGGACAUGGCGCAUUGCAUAUACUUUAUGUCUGCAUAACAUAUUGCACAUACUCUUGAUAUAACAGCCUAAUUCAUGUAAAUAACUGUAUAGUUUGUUCAGGUACUGUAUGACUGGUGGUGAAAGAGUACCACCACCCUGGUUGUGUGCCUUAUCAUGACUUAUGUCAUGUUUGUGCCGAGGGAGCUGUGGAUUUUAAUGAUUAAAUUGUUUCUUUAACACACACCCCCUCUCAUUUCAACAGUUAAAUGUUACCGGUUUUAUAUCACUGACUGUUGGUGGUUCCUAUUGUUACAUUUUUGUACAGAAAUCAAUUCGUUUCGCUGUUUUCGUUGACAAUUUCAAUGUCAAUAAAGGUGGCAUAAA